CAGUGACGUACCGCUUGUCAGAAACCUCUGCCCGUUUCCGGUCGGCGUUCCGCCUUCGUUCCCACGGCAGUGACGUACCGCUCGUCAGAAACCUCUGCCCGUUUCCGGUCGGCGUUCCGCCUUCGUUCCCACGGCCGUGACGUACCGCUCGUCAGAAACCUCUGCCCGUUUCCGGUCGGGGUUCCGCCUUCGUUCCCUGGCAGUGACGUACCGCUCGUCAGAAACCUCUGCCCGUUUCCGGUCGGCGUUCCGUCUUCGUUCCCACGGCAGUGACGUACCGCUCGUCAGAAACCUCUGCCCGUUUCCGGUCGGCGUUCCGCCUUCGUUCCCACGGCCGUGACGUACCGCUCGUCAGAAACCUCUGCCCGUUUCCGGUCGGCGUUCCGCCUUCGUUCCCACGGCAGUGACGUACCGCUCGUCCGGCGCGGGACCAAUGGGCCACAACGCCUCCCGCCAGGACGGGCCGCCACCCAACUGCACGGACCACGAGCUGGCGCAUGACCUGCUGCUGGUGUGGCACGGGGUGGUGCUCGCGGUCGGCCUCCCCCUCAACGCGGUGGCGCUGGCCGUCUUUGCCUGCCUCCUGGCCCGCGCCAACCAGGCCGUGGUCUACCUCGCGAACCUGGCGGCCUGCGAUCUCCUCUUCACCCUGGCGCUGCCCUUCCGCCUCUACUUCUACGCGGCGGGCGACUGGCCCUUCGGCGACGCCCUCUGCCAGGCGGCGGGCUCCCUCUUCCAGAUCAACCUGUCGGGCAGCUGCCUCUUCCUGGCGGCCAUCAACGCCGACCGCUGCCUGGCGCUGGCCUACCCGCUGCGCUUCCGCCACCUGCGGCGCCCCCCGGUUGCCCGGAGGGUCUGCGCCGCCAUCUGGGCCGCCAUCGUCCUGGGGAGCGUGCCAGUGGCGCUCGCCCACGACACCAGCCUGUGCCUGGGCCCGGGCGGGCGGCGGGAGCGGCGCUGCUUCGAGGGGUUCUCCGACAGGGCCUGGCGGAGGGAGCUGCUGCCCCUGGUGGGCGCCCAGUUCCUCCUGGGCUUCCUGCUGCCCCUGGUGGCCGUGCUGUGCAGCUCCGGGCGGGUGCUGUGGGCGCUGAGGGGGCGCCCGUCCACCCCUUCCUCGCCAGGCCCGUCCUCCGGCCGCCGGCGCAAGACGGUCAAGCUCCUGGUGGUCAACGCCGCCAUCUUUGUGGUCUGCUUCGCCCCCUACAAUGUGGCGCUCCUGGCCUACGCCGCCCAGCGGGCGUCGGUGAACCAGGAGGACGGUCGUCGCCCGAGCACCGCGCGAUGGGCCCUCCAGGUCGCCACCCUCCUCAGCUGCGCCAACUGCUGCCUGGACCCCUUGGUCUACUACUUCAGCGCCGAGGGGUUCCGGAGGACCCUGCGGGCACGGGCUGGGGCUGGUGGGCCCACGGGCAAGGGCAGGACCGGGCCCAGGCGAGAGGAGGGAGCCAUGGUGCCCAUAGUGGAGGGGGGCAACGGGAACGCGCAGGAGGACCUCUAGCAGCAUCACCCCUUUCCCUCCCGCUCUACACCGUCCUCCAAUGGGACCCC